GUUUUUCGUUUUUUGUUAUGUUGUUGGCAUCGCCAUUGUGUCGGAGGAAAACUAUUUUCAAGGAAAGGAAUGAAAGAAAUUUCUUCAAAUAAUAUCACUAAUUGUUUUCUACUUGAAAUCAGUUCAUCGAUCACUAUCAUAAAAACCAUUAAUCAGUGGGCCAUAAAAAUACUUGUUGUUAAGUUUUACAUCAAUUACAUUAAGCGUUAAAGCUUGCAUUUGUGUUUAUUAUAUCUGUUUACUAAUUUGUUAUAUAUUUAUUUGAAUUAACAUCACCCGUAAAAUCGUUAUUCAACUAAGAAAAUUAUUUUACAAACAAUAUUCUAAUCCUAGCUAUGAAAUAUUCGUAGCAUCGCGAUUCCUUCAACAAACUGGCCUACAUUUCAUGUAGGCCGAAUAAUUCGGUCAGAACUGAAACCUCAGGGCAGGCCAUAUGCUGAAAGACGACGUAUAAUUACGAGGGAUGCUCUUCACGGCAACUAGUAAGGGUGGGGACCCACGAAAACCCAGAGAGAGAGAGAGAGAGAGAAGAAAGAGAGAGAGAGAGAGACAGCGCGGUGGGGGACGCGCGGUUAUAUAAGGAGGUUCCCGAACCCUGAAGGACCGCAGUCGCAUCGAAAUUUCUCUCGUGUAGUCCACGCCCGUGGCCCUCGUGUCCUGCCGGCACAAUCUGUGAUCGAAUUUCUUAGACCACGACGAGAUAUCUCGGAGUUUUAAUCGGGAGGAAAUAAUAAUAGUAAUUUUGUGGUGAAAAAAAGUGUGGAAUAAGGUUCUUUGUUAUCGAAGAUGAGGAUGAAGAUCGCAUGGCUUCUGGCGCUGAUAUUCUGCGCGACCUUGGCCUCAGUGGCCGCCGGCCUGGAUCUCGGACCGAUCAUCAAGACCGCGCAAUGCCAAUCAACGUGCCUGCGACGUUACAUGGUCAACGGCAUCUGCUGGGCGAUAAAUAGAACCAAAUUAAGUGACUGUCAUAAGUGCUGGAAUACUUGUGAAGUCCUCAGUCUUUUGAAGAAUGAGCAACGGAACAAUACGUGCGAGCAGUAUAAUAUUCACCAAAAUUGCCAAGGUUGCCUAACUGCUUGCACAUUUCAUCAGACACGCAGGAUGGAAGAAGAGGAAUACGAAACAACUAAAUUACCAGCUCCAGAAGAAAACAGCACUGUUCACAUGAAUGACUAUGACGUUGCCGUAUUAAUGCGGAAAAAUGUACAAGGAAUAUGGGAAGAACAAAGUUAUCACUACGCACAGCAUCAGCCUGCAAUGGUACCGGGUAACUGGAUCAUCGUUGUCAUGGACGAUGGCGCGGUCAAGCACUACAGUUGGGAAAAGUGGAGGCCAAAACUGCAGUUUCUCAAAGCCGGUGGUCCUCUCUACCAGGCCUCUAUCACGUGGCAGGACUGGCAAACUCAAUUAAAAAAUCAACGCGAACAGAUUACCUCAAGAUACUUUAAGAACCUUCUUCGGAGUCGAGCUGAGAAGGAGGAACAAAAUAAUCCUUCCUUUGUCAUUACCUGGCAGAAGAAGACGGGAGACGGUAUUAUGGGCAACCAGGUAACGGAUAGCGAAUCAGCGCAGAUUUCCUUGUCAUGCGGUAAAUAUUUGGUCAGAGUAGCCACUGAUAGCGGCCCCGGUAGCUACCCGAUCGUUGUUGACACUGGAUUCUGUGAGAAUCACUGGAAAUCAUUGUGGGGUAUAUCCGAAUGCCUCGAAGAAGCACUCACAUUCCACAAAAAAAUGUUUCUGUUAAUACUCCCGGCGACGGUGCUUGUUUGGAUUAUAGUGUAUUCAAAAAAGUGUCAAAUAAGAAAUGGAAAAAAGAUCGAGGAAGGGUGUCCGGCGGACGCAGAGAAGGGGUUGAUGAAGGAGAGAAACCUGAUGCAGGAGAACGCAAGUGUUAACGUGAGUGUAAAAGCGCAAAACGCGAAUGCGAGCACGCCAAAUGCGAACGCAAAUGUGAUUCAAAAAAGUUAGGCACUUCUCUAGAUAACUCGAUAAAACUCUUUCUUCUUCUCGCUUAACUUUGUGAACUCAGGGACUUUACUUACGACUCUCGCGAGCAGAGUGUUUUCCAUUUUCAAUAGCGUGCAGAAAGAUGAAUUAGAUAUCUCAUGUUUCUUUGUCACCAAGGCAAACGAAUAUAUAAUCUCAACUUUUCUGACGCACACUAAUUAAAUUAGGUUAUGUUUAGCAAAAAUUUAAUGAUAAAAGAUUUUUUUUUAUUCAUUAUAUUACAGCAAUAGCCAAGAGAUAGAAUUUAUGAUUAACAUUCGGAAAUCUUAAAAUUACCUAUUUGUAGAAUAAAGUAUAAGUUGUAAAUUUCGUGAUUAAGCUGAAUCUAGUGUACAACUUUGCUUCCGCCGUUUUCCAAUAGAUGGCUGUAAGCGCUAAGUGGUGGUCGAAAUAAAUAGAUGGUAGACAUCAUACAAUAAGCUUAGGCAUUUGUAAACAUAACGCCAUCGAAAUAUUAGUCGAUUUGUGUCUCCAUCAUAAAGUUAUUUUCGAUUGAAAAUGUCAGCUUACGAGCCAAAUUCUCGUCAUUUGCGAGAGGUUUGAAUUUUGAAUAAAUUUGCGGCUGAGGCUCAUCGAAUGCUGUCAAAUACGUAUGGUAAGGCCGCUAUUAGUGAAAAAACGUGCCGAGAAUGGUUUCAACGCUUCAAGAACGGUGAUUUUGAUGUCGAAGAUCGGCAUGGCAGUGGAAGAGAGAAGGUUUUCGAAGAUGCAGAAUUGGAGGCAUUACUUGAUCAAGACUCGUGUCGAAAAUGCAAGAAGAAUUGGCAGGAUCAUUGGGAAUGACUUAACAAGCCAUUUCAAAAUGCCUGAAAGUUAUGGGGAUGAUUUAGAAGCGAGGAAAUUGGGUGCCGUACGAGUUGAAGCCGAGAGAUGUCGAACGGCGUUUGUUUGCUUGUGAACAGCUGCUCGCAAGGCAAAGGCGGAAGGGAUUUCUACAUCGUAUUGUGACUGAGGACGAAAAAUGGGUUCAUUACGAUAACCCGAAGCGCAGAAAAUCAUAAGGGCUUCCCGGCCAUGCUUCCACGUAGACGGCUAAGCCGAAUAUUCCCGGCUCCAAGAUCAUGCUCUGUAUUUGGUGGGACCAGCUCGGCGUAGUGUAUUAUGAGCUACUAAAACCGACUGAAACAAUCACAGGCGAUCGGUAUCGAAAGCAAUUGAUGCGUUGGAGACGAGCACUAAAAGACGAACGGCUGCAAUACAACGAUAGACACGAUAAAGUGAUUUUGCAGCAUGACAAUGCUCGACCCUAUGUCGCAAAGCCCAUCAAAACAUACUUGGAAACGUUGAAAUGGGAAGUCCUACCCCAUCCGCCAUAUUCUCCGGACAUUGCUCCCUCUGACUAUCACUUGUUUCGAUCAAUGACACACGGCCUAGCUGACCAGCACUUCCGUUCGUAUGAAAAAGUGAAAAAUUGGAUCGAUUCAUGGAUCAUUCUAAAGAUGACCAGUUUUCUCGACGUGGGAUUUGUAUGCUGCCAGGAAAAUGGGAGAAAGUAUCCAGGCCAGCGAUGGACAAUACUUUGAAUCGUAAAUGUAUAACCAGUUUUUUACAAUAAAGCCUCGAAUUUCGAAAAAAAAUUGGCGGAAGCAAAGUUGUACACCUAAUAAGAUGCAGUUAGUAGAACAAUAAUUUGCACGUACUGUCUUUUUUGAACAAUUUUACAUAAAAGAAAAAUAUCGCUACAAAAUUUGUUAGAAUGCAGAGUUGUUGUUGAUAUUACAUAUAUUUGUUAAAUUGAACCAUAGAGUGGUAAUUCUUUCUGUAGGCAAAAUUGUUAACAAAAGAGACAAUGUGCAAAUGCAUACGUUGCGAGAUGUGUCAAUCAUUUAUUGUAUACGCAUGCUAUUAAAUUAUUUAAUAGUAUUUUUGUAAAUAUUCUGCUACAUAAAUAUGUGUGACAAGAGACAAAAAAUGUCGAAAAGGCAAAUGUACAAAUGAGAACUUAAACAUUAUAAGGUAUACGAAUAGCGAAUAAAAAUAGGGACAUUAGUUAAAAUUUUACAAACUCUUGCAUAGAUUUCUUGAUGGAGUACAAUACAUAAACACGCUGUUCUAGCUCAAUAAAAUGCAACGAAUAGACUGAAUUUUAAGAGUUCCUAUCGCCGAAAAUGAUAAGCAGCGUCGAACUCCAAAUAUUUAUUUGUAAAUAACUGUAGUCCUGUAUAUAUUACUUGUAUUAUAUGAUUCGUAACAAAAUAAACACAUGUCAAGAUUAAAAA